AUGUUUGGAUGGGUCCUCCUUAUUAUUCCUCAAAUUCUGGCUGGUACUAUCCAUGAGCCGGAGAAGCCAGAUCCUCUCACUGAGGUGCAUCAGGAUCUUGCACGAAAAGCUGUUGAAGACCUGAAUGCUCGAUCAAAUGAUCUCUAUCGUUGGGAUGUCCAUUCCAUAGAUCAAGUGCAUCAGCAGAUGUAUAAUGGGAUCAAAUAUCAGAUUCAGCUGACCUUAGUACAGACUGACUGCAGAAAAACGGUGAGUCACUUCAUAAGUAUAAAUUCGAAAUUUUUUUGAGA